AUGGACCAAUCAAUUUGUGAAGAAGUAUCAUAUGACACUGCAUAUGAUGUGAGUGAUCAUUAUAAUUUUACCAACGUUAAUGUUCCGUCGCUUAGUGAAGAUGACACACAACAUGUGGACAAGGGGAAAGAAUUUGUAAACGUUAUUCAAUUAGAGGAUGAUGCAAUGGCAGUGAAUCAUGAGUUACUCGAUCACACUGGAAUUCCAAUAGAGAAAAUCUCGUACGUAGGAUUGAGAUUUGUUUUCUUGCAGCGGGCACAAGAGUUCUAUUCUAAUUAUGCAAAGAAAGUUGACUUCGUGACUAGGAUUAGGAAUACCAACUUUGACAAGAUCAGGAAGGAAUCAAAGAUACCCAUUAACCAAUCGAUACACUGUAGUCGUGAAGGUUAUCGGGAGUCUUGGGUGAAGGCAACAACUCGGGUAAAGAGAAUAACAACAGUUGGAUGCAAAGCAAGGAUGUACACGAUGCUUGAUAGGCAGAAGGAUAAUUGGAUGGUGUCCAAAUUAGAAUUGAAGCACACCCACCCGUGUUCUGCCAAGCAGGCUGUGCAUUACACUGAGUACAGGGAACUGACCAUGCAUGCCAAGUGUGAGAUUCAAAAUAACGAUGAGGCUGGCAUAUGGCCCAACAAGACUUAUCUCGCACUGGAGAAUGAGUUUAGUGGCUCAUCGAAUUUGGGUUACUUAGAAAAGGAUAUGAGGAACUACAUUACGAGCAAUAUGCGCUGUGCUGAUGAAAACGCAGAUGUGAAGGAAAUGAUUAGCUAUUUCAUGCGAAUGAAAGAUAUUAACCCAAAUUUCUUUUAUGCAGUUGAUAUGGCUGAAGCUAACAAGUUUAAGAGUGCAUUCUGGGUAGAUGCAAGAUGCAAGACGUCCUAUGAAUAUUAUGGUGACGUGGUAUCGUUUGAUAUAACAUACAAUAGAAACAUGCACAGACUUCUAUUUGCAUCUUUUGUUGGUGUCAAUCAUCAUGGCAAGUCCACUCUGCUCGGAUGUGCUUUGCUGGCCAUCAUCAUGGACCAGUGCAAAUCCAUGUUUGUUGCUAUUAGGAAUGUCCUUCCAGAUAUUCGCCACCAAUGGUGCAUAUGGCACAUACUGAAGAAGAUACCGCAUAAGUUUGGAGGAUAUGCUUGGUACAGAGAAAUAGAAGCUAGAAUGCAUGGCACUGUUUGGAAUGCCAGGUCUAUGGAAUCUUUCAAGAAGGAUUGGUCUGCAAUCAUUUUGUAUUGUGAUCUUAUAUUCUUCUUUUAUAGUGAAUUUUGGGCUGGUAUGAGAAGUACUCAACGGAGCGAGAGUAUGCAUGCCUUUUUCGGUGGUUACUUGCAUUGCAAGAGUGGACUGGUUCAGGUCGUUCAUGAGUAUGACAAUGUGCCUGGGAACAAGGAGCAGAAGGAACUGGAGGAUGAUUAUGCAGACUUUAAAGGAGUUUUUCCCUGUUCAUCGAGCUCUACAAUUGAAAGUCAAUUUCAGCAUGAGUACACAACCUAUAAGUUUAAGGAAGUACAACAGGAAUUUAGGAAAAGAAUGGAUUGUUUAGUCCGUGGUGUGACUCAAGAGGGUGAUUUGUUUCGUGUGACCGAUUUUGUGACAUGCAAAGAAGAAGCGGCCAUGUUACAUUCGGGUCUUGAUGAGUUACGGACAAAGCUAUUUGAUUAUCGUGCGAACCUAGGCUCCAAACGUGUUCCAACUACACAAAAUAGCAUGGUGACACAGCGUGACCCCACUCUUGGUGCAUCUGACAUUCAAUGUCCUUCAAAGGUUUCAACGACGGGUCGGCCGAGAUUAAAGAGGCUUGGAUCUGAACUGAACACCUCCAUUAAGAAAUUUAUGCGAAGAAAGAAGAAGAAUCCACCACCGCUAUAUGUUUAA